CCGACAUUUUACAAAGCUCGACCCUCGCCUCCCGCGCUGUGCUCGCCCUGUUCGGUCCCCGCCGGCGGGAGGGGGGUGCGGCGUGGAAAGCGAAGGAAGGGGUGGCGAGCCGCCCUCGCGGGCGUUUGCCUGAGUUGGAAGCGCCCCCGGGUUGGGUUUUUGCAGCAUUCAUGCAUUUGACAUCUUUGACCUUUUUUUAUUUUUUAGGCCAGGUCUCAUUCAGCUGAAACAGAUGUUGCAAAGCCAGGAUUGUGCCUAUGCUUACCAGGGGACAAUGACAAGUAACGCCUCAGGGACGUCUGAAGAGAGCAGCAGUAAACGCAGAAAGGAGAUGGAUAAGGAAACAUCAGAAAGUCCUCAGUUAUCCUGCCUUGAAAAACCAGACUCAGCUCUUUCUGAGAGUUCACACUCACUUUACAAUGCAGAUGUGCUGGAAAAGGUUUUAAAUGACAUGGGGAAGGAAAUCAAUAGCCUGUUGUCAAAAUACGCCCACAUUUUAAGUGAGAGAGCAGUGAUGGAUGCUUCAUAUGUACAAGAGCUUGAUGGAAUUUUGAAAGAAGCGAGGACCAUCGAAAAUCACUUGAAGCAGAAAAGGGAGAGUCUGAGAGAGAGGUUCACAGUGAUAGCAAAUACUCUGAAAAGCUAAAAUGGAUUUUGCUUGCAAAUAAGUUGAACACACUCUUCUGCAUGUAUGGUGUUAUGUACCAGAACACAUGUUAAUGAAAGCUUCGUAUGUGUUUGGCUUUUUGGUAAAUAUUUUUUUAAAAUUGAGGAAACUUUCAACACCUUUGGAAGCAAG